AUGUUCAACUAAUUCUCAUGGUACCACAUCUGUGAGAAAACCGCGGGAACAGAAGCCGAUUACGAGGAAGACCGUUGCUCUUCGUUCUCACAGUCUGCUAGCAAACGUUGUGUGGAAAGGUUGAAAAGGUUCAAGAUGCCGACAAUGAACAGUUCGAACGUGCUGAAAUUCGCAAAGCUGACUGACAAAGCUUUUGCUCCUAUGAGAGGAUCGAAACAUGCAGCCGGUUACGACUUAAGAAGUGCUUACGAAUACACUGUACCAGCAAAGGGGAAAGAAUUAGUGAAAACAGACUUACAAAUCUCAGUUCCUGAAGGCACUUAUGGGAGGAUUGCUCCACGAUCCGGUCUGGCAUGGAAAAAUCAUAUCGACGUUGGCGCUGGCGUCAUCGAUGUUGAUUACCGGGGAAACGUGGGGGUUGUGCUGUUUAACCUUAGUAAUGAGGACUUUAAGAUCUCUCCGGGGGACCGUGUUGCACAAUUGAUUUGCGAAAAAAUUACUUAUCCUGAAUUGCAGGAAUUACAGACUUUAGAUGAUACAGAGAGAGGGGAAGGUGGUUUUGGUUCUACAGGAAAGAACUGAGUUGAUAGAUCUGCUUUGUUUUGUUCUUAAGUGUCUGGUUUGUUUGCAUACUUAUAUCUUUGCCUAAAGAGUAUUACUAUUUUAAUAAUAAAAAAGUACCAAAAAUCCAUAUUUAUAAUGCAAUACUUAAUUAUUGUACAGAUACUAUAAAAAUAUUGAGCUUAUGGGCCUCGAGGGCUGAUUAUGACAUUAUGACACAAUAAAAUAUUUACUAUUAGCAGUUCACAA